CGAAAAGGGCAAGUUACGAGGGGAAGUCACGGGACCAGGAGGUCGGAAGUGUUUCGUAUAUAUACAUCCGUACCUCACCAUACUUAACCUGGGAUUGAUGGCACCCCCGAUAUCUCUUCUACUUCUUUACUUAUCCUUAUUUCAGCGUCAGUUCAACGGCAACUUAACGUCAAUUCGACAUCUAAUCUAUCAUGGCAGAAGCUCGUAUCCUCGCGCAUAUGAAUAAAGACCACUAUGUCUCCGUGGAGGACUAUUUGGUGGUAUACGGUAAGGUGACUUCAAUUGAAAAGGUUUCAAACGUCAAGAUGACCGAGAUCUCUUUGGACCAUAUGACGAUUACGUUCAACUAUAAGGAGGUUGAAUAUUCCUUGGAGAAAGUUAUACCAUUUGAGCCUCCUUUAAAGGACUUGAAAGAGGCACGUGAAAGAUUGGUUGAGAUGGCAAGAUUCGCAGCAAAGGAACGCGGAUUCUCGCCAUUCCAGAUUAAAGAUUUCACUUACCCUGGACUUCGUAAUAGAUUGCUGAUAUCGUUGAUCUAUCUACCUGCAAUUACCCAUUUCGCACCUGAUCUAAUCAUCAAUCCAACUGUUAGAGGCUUCAUUGGAGACUCGUUUGGUGACUGGUUGGUGAACAACUCUCUAAACAUCACUUGGUUAACCCUGGGUAUUCAUGCCCUGGAAUCAUUGUUUAUCAUGAGACCAAAGUUGAACCACUUCAGAGUCCCAAGGGACUACCAAUUGGAGUGGUACGUGUCUUCUAUCAUCGAGGGCUUCCCUGCAAUCCGCAGAUUUAACAAGCUCGUUGAAGAGAAAACCCACUAAAACAACGGUUCGGAGAUUGCGGUCAUAACAUGGUCUUAUCGGGAGAUAGUAGUUUUAACAUUACAUAAUAUCUUACGUAAUCGAUGAGCUUACGUGCAAAAAAAAUUUCCCGUUAUGUCUUCAUGAUCAUCUUCUUUUAAUACACAUUUCCAGUCUCUUACUUUCGUACAAAGCAUGGCACCAAGACAGUCAAAGACAGCUAAACGUUCUGCCAAACAGAAUGGACAGCGUGAUAUCCAAUCAGAGGUUUUCAAAGACUCACACGCUCGUAACAGAUUGGCUAUAGAGUCAAACCAAACUGAAAAGUCCAAGGUACGUAAACCAAGCAAGAGUAAAGUCAAGAAGGAGCAGGCUUUGAUACGGUUGUACGGUA